AUGAAACGAGCAUGGCGGGAUGAAGAUGAUGAAACAGAUUCAAGCAAACAAUAUAAAAAGCUCUUGCAUCAGAAAUAUGUUGGAAUUGUUGGUAAACCAAAAUGGGCUAAAAUUACUGCAAAAGAUUCUGAAAAAGUAUUAUCCAAUAAUGACGAAGACUUAGAUUUACUAAAAUACAGUGGAAAUUUGGCUCGAACAAAAAAAGGUGUCAACUUGGCUAAAGGUUUGAUUGGUAUAAAAAAAUUACACAAUUUAAAUUUGUCCACGUCGACAUGUGGUAAAAUUGUUAAAACUGUAGAAUUCCACCCUACAUCAAGUUUGGCGUUAAUUGCUGGAAUCUCAGGAAGAGCUUCAAUAGUUCAAGUUGACGGAUUUAACAAUGAAAAACUACAAUCUAUUAAGUUCCAAAAGUUUGCUAUUGAUUGUGCUCAUUUUACUGUUGAUGGUAAACAGUUUAUUGCGGGUUCAAGGACUCAAAGAAAUUUUUAUUGUUACGAUUUAUUGGAAGGGAAAUCAAUGUUCAUUCCUGUUCACCAUAGUAUUGGACAAACUAAAAUGGAUAAUUUUUGCAUGUCGCCUGAUGGAAAACUAAUAGCUUCUAGCGGCAAGUAUGGAGAAAUUCAUCUGUUUACUGCUAAAAGCAAAGAAUGGAUUACUACAUUAAAGAUGAAUGGCACAGUUAAUGCUCUAACAUUUAAUAGUGAUGGAAAGAGAAUGUAUUCCUUUGGAGAAAAUGGUGAAAUUUAUGAAUGGGAUAUGAACAGUCGACUGUGUAUAAAAAAGUUUAUGGACGAUGGCUGUCUCCAAGGCUCUAGUUUAGCUGUAUCAGGUGAUGAUCAGUAUCUGGCAGCUGGUUCAUCGUCAGGUGUAGUCAACUUAUAUAAAUUACCGUGUGAUGUAAAUCCAAAACCUGAGAAAACCAUCUUGAACUUAGUGACAACAGUUACAAAAUUAAGCUUCAACAAAAGUUCAGAUAUUCUAGCAAUGGCUUCUAACCAGAAAAAUGAUGCUGUUAAAUUGUUACAUGUGCCAUCCAAAACAGUAUUCUCUAAUUUUCCUACAACAUCUGAUAAUGUUGGAAAAGUGAAUUGUAUAGAUUUCUCUCCAAAUGGUGGAUAUCUAGGAUUAUCCAAUAAUAAAGCUGAAGCUCUUUUGUACAGGUUGACACAUUUCCAAAACUACUAAAAUUACCUAGUUUAAGCAAUUAUAAAAAAAAAAUUUCAUCGGUUAUUUAAUAUAAUAAAAUGAUCACAGUUACUUUUUAA